AUGGUUUGGCCUGCCCGGGUUGUACGCGUAGCGUCGUCGUCGGCGCGAAAUUCCAGUAGAAAAUAUGCGACGGCGUCCAACUUCGUCAAUAUCGUGGAAGUGGGACCUCGUGAUGGGCUGCAGAACGAGAAGGGGACCAUUCCAGUCGACGUGAAAGUGGAACUGAUCAAUAGGCUGUCGCGUGCUGGUCUGAAGACCAUAGAAGCGGGGAGCUUCGUGAGUCCGAAAUGGGUGCCGCAGAUGGCCGGGACAGCAGAAGUUCUGUCAGGAAUACAACAAAGAGAAGGAAACCACUACCCCGUGCUCGUGCCCAACCAGAAAGGCCUGGAUAACCUCUUAUCUCUUCCCCGUCUCACGGACGAAAUCGCCAUCUUCACUGCAGCCACUGAUGCCUUUACCAAGGCGAACCUCAACACGACUACUGCAGAGUCUCUUGUUCGUCUUCGGCCGGUCACCGAACAAGCCAUCAAGAAUGGGCUGAGAGUCCGAGGCUAUGUCAGUGUUGUGAUCGCUUGCCCGUAUUCUGGCAAGACGGAUUACGGCAAGGUACGGGAAGUGGCGAAAGAACUCUUGAACAUGGGUUGUUACGAAGUCAGCCUGGGGGAUACUGUGGGCAUGGGCACACCAGACGAAGUUGCUGAGAUGAUUGAGGAGGUCAAGAAGAGUGUUCCCGUCGAAAAGUUAGCUGUACCGGCAAGCUCUGAACACGAGAUUUUUGUCCAGUUCCAUGACACCUACGGAACCGCAAUAGCAAAUGUCAUCGCUGCUUUGUCGCAAGGCAUACGCACCAUUGACUCUUCCGUGGGUGGUUUAGGCGGGUGCCCAUACUCGCCUGGCGCCACGGGGAACGUCGCGACAGAGGAUGUUCUAUAUGCCUUGCAAGGCUCUCAAUACCACGUCGUCGGCUCGCACGGGUCUAGCGGGGGUGUCAACCUAGAUGAAGUCGUAGAUAUUGGUUGGUGGAUAAGCGAAAAGCUAGGCCGAGAAAGCGUUAGUCGUGCUGGGAGAGCAAUUAGGGCCAAGAAACUGAGGGAAGCAGCCAUAGCAGCAAAGAGGGAGGCAAAGUUAUAA